AUGGCGGCUGCUUUAUCCAGCAAAUUUCUCAAAGGAAUCGCUAGCCUUCAGCCUCUUCGUUCUAGUACCAGAUUGGCAUCUGUGUAUCAAAAUGGGAUGAUGAGAUCAUACUCCACUACAGUGCCCAGCGAUUCAGACACACAUGAUGAUUUCAAGCCUACACAGAAAGUCCCUUCUGGUUCUUCUACGGACUCGCUAAAGGAUAUUGUUGAGAAUGAUGUGAAGGAGAAUCCUGUUAUGAUCUACAUGAAAGGAGUUCCGGAAGCUCCUCAGUGUGGGUUUAGCUCACUAGCCGUAAGAGUUCUGCAGCAGUAUAGUGUUCCUAUCGGUUCUAGAAAUAUUCUUGAAGAUCAAGACUUGAAAAAUGCUGUGAAAUCCUUCAGCCAUUGGCCUACGUUUCCACAGAUCUUUAUCAAGGGAGAGUUUAUUGGAGGCUCAGACAUCAUCCUUAACAUGCACAAGGAAGGUGAAUUGGAGGAGAAACUCAAAGAUGUUAACCAAAAGUCUCACUAA